AAGAUCAUAUAAAUGCUCAUCUUUUUACCUCACCCUCCCAGAAUGCUACCCCUGCCCCUCAACUCUGCCUCUCAGCUUCCCUUCAGUCGCAGCUCAAAUUCUACCCUUGCAGAAAUCCUUCCUGUCCCUCCAUCCCUUGCCUUCCCCUCUGAGACUAUCUACCAUCUACACUAUACAUGUUUAUACCUAUACAAUUUUUACAGGCUUUCUCACCUUCAAAUUUAAGCUUCUUAAGGGGCAAGGACUAUAUUGUUGCCUUUCUAUUUCCUAGCCCUUGGCAUAUAAGUUCAUAAAUGCUUGUUGACUGAAACUUUCACAAACAUUAUUGUAAUUAUUAUCACCUAUCCUACUCUUUACUAUUGCCACCCUAAUACUUUACAACUGUGAAAAUGGAACAAAAAGGGUUUAACUGACUUGGACAGAGACCCAGAAUCAGUCUUGAUUAACUCUGACUUAUCUGGAUCCAGAUUGGUUGGGGGCAAACAAGUGGGAGGGGUAAGUACCAUCAAACUCCAUGGUCAACCCAAGGCUUCUGGUAUAAAAGGAAACUAGUCAGAAGCCUAGGGAAACCACAUGCACUGAGGUGCAAAGGCUGUAUCAUUAUGAGCUUAUUUCUGAUAACCAACUAACUGAGCAUCAGCACUGAAAGGGAUUCUGGCAAUUGCUAAAAAGAGAGUCAUGGAAGAAGAAUAUGAAUACGAUCCCGAUAUCUGGAAAUCAGGAGACAAUAUCAGCAAGGAGGAGAAUGAGAAUUUUCUGAAAUUCAGGAAUAUUUUCCUACCCUGCAUAUAUUUGCUGGUGUUCUGCUUUGGCUUGGUAGGGAACGGUCUGGUGCUGGCAGUCUAUAUUUUUUGCCAGAAGACAAAGAGUCUGACUGACCAGUUUCUUCUGAACUUGCCCAUCGCUGACUUCUUAUUUAUCUGUACUCUGCCAUUCUGGGUUUAUACUAUCCUCCAUGAGUGGAUCUUUGGGGAAGUCAUGUGCAGGGUUGUCCUGGGGAUGUACACCUUAAAUUUCUACACAUCCAUGUUGUUCCUCACUUGCAUCACCAUUGACCGGUUUGUGGCAGUAGUUCAGGCCACCAAGACUCACAACUAUCAAGCCCAGAGGAUGACUGUGGGAAAGAUUAUCUAUAUCAUCAUUUGGGUGGUCUCUUUCCUGGUUGCCAUCCCACAGUUCAUGUAUGCCAAAGUUACUAAAAAUGACAAUCAUAUUUGUCAGUAUGAAGCGGCAAGCAUUUCUACUGUGGUCCUCUCCUCUCAAAUGACCAUUGGGUUCUUUCUGCCUCUAGUAACCAUGAUCAUCUGCUACUCAGUCAUUGUCAAGACCCUGAUACAUGCCAGGGGUUUCCAGAAGCACAAGUCUUUAAAGAUUAUCUUCUUAGUGGUCACAGUGUUCAUCGUCACCCAAUUACCUUUCAAUCUCCUCAAGCUUAUCCGUACCACAAGUUGGGAGUAUGACACAGAGCCUGGCUUCCUCUAUGCCCUCGUGAUAACCGAGGCCAUUGCUUAUCUCCGGGUCUGCCUCAACCCCCUGCUGUAUGCCUUUGUUGGGGUGAAAUUCAGAAAGAAUUUUUGGAAACUCAUGAAGGCUCUCAAGUGCCCCCAUGCCGCAGAGAAAAUAAGCCAGCUUCAGUCCAGCAAUGACACCUCCAAGAGUUUUUCUGCUUCCAAUACUCAGGCCUCCAGCAUGUACCAGCUGUAGCUCAUGCCCACCAUUCAGACAAGAAAACAAGUAUGUGUUAAGUGCCACCACAGGGGUGUAGACACUGCACUCAAUGUAAUUAAGUGAAUUAUUUUGGAAGAUUAUAAGAUGACUAUAUCGUGAGUGGGAUUUUUGCUUGCAAAUUCUGGAUUACCACCAAGAAGUGAAUAAGAACCAUUUUUCUGGGUACCAAGGAUCCUUCUAUAAUUAAUAGAUCUUAGGCUAACCUGAUUCCUUCCUUGAAUAGGAGCUAUUGCCCAGACCUAAGUUCAAUGGUUAUAAAAAUCAGAACACGGCAAGGACUUUCCCCCAACCCCAUGUACUAUGUGAUCUGAGAAACACUGAGUAAAAUGAAUGAACAUGUAAAUUACUCAGAUCCCCCCAGUGUCAUUGCUUUCUUCAAGACCUGCCUUUGGGAACUGGAUGAAAGGGACAAAAUGUCACCAGUAAAACUAUGGACUCCAUGAUUUAGAUACUGUCAUGGAGAGCGGACUACAAAAGCAGCUCUGAAAAUUGAGAGUGGUCCAGAUCUCUGGGAAUGAAAGGAAACAGGAAAACGAAAUACAUCAGCCAGAAGGCCUAAAAACAGUCAUCUAAUUUGUCUCCCUUUAUCUACUUUAUCUACUGCUCUCUCCAGUUCCCAGCUAUUUCAUUUCCAUGCUCACAAGAGUCAGUCUACUGCAGGAAGGAGAGAUUGGCAGUGGAGUGAUUAGCUCUGAUAAAUGAGGGCAGACAUAACACCAGCUUCAUAAUCUGAAGAGAAUUCAUGUAUAUUGCUGAAAGUGUUGAGUUGUUUUUUAAGUAGAAUUAAGGGUAACUUGUGAACCUGCUGUUUCUUGUACAUAAAAUUAGAUUAAAAAUGCUUAUUCUAGGUCUGUGAAAAGUAUCUUUUCAUUAUUAUGGCGAGAUCAUAAUAAAUAUUGUUUUGUUUUUUCAUUACAAACUA